UAUGUUAUGAUGCCCACCCAAAACACAGACCCUAAUUUUUCUUGACCGAUUGGCCGACAUCGAACCAUCACCUCCUGCUAUAUAAUCCUCAUUUACAUUCACUUUUCAGGUUCCAUUUCAUCUCCUUCAGCCAACAAAAAUCCAAACCCUCACUCACUAUGCCAGGAUUAACCUGCAACGCUUGCAACACUGAGUUCAUCGAUGACGCCGACCAAAAACUCCAUUACAAAUCCGAGUGGCACCGCUACAAUCUCAAACGCAAGGUGGCUGGGGUUCCUGGGGUGACUGAAGCUCUGUUUCUGGCUAGACAAGCCGCUCUUGCUGAAGAGAAAGACAAAGCAAAUGAAACCGCCAUGCUCUAUAGCUGUGGCCUCUGUGGGAAGGGUUAUAAGAGUUCUAAGGCUCAUGCUGAGCAUCUUAAGUCACGUGGUCACUUGAUGCGUGUUUCUGAAGGAACUAGUCAAUCGGAUGAGAAGGCAAUAGUUAAGCCACUUCCACAACGUUCUGCGAAUAGGCCUCCUCCGAGAAGAGAGGUACAGGUCUCUGAAGAUGGAGAAAGUGAAGAUGAAUGGGAGGAGGUUGACCCAGAAGAUGAUUUGGUUGGCGAUGCUGCGAAGUCCUUGACUGAAAUGAAUGUGGAUGAGGAUGCUGACAAUGAUGAUGAUAUGGAUGAAGAUGAUGAUGAUACUUUUGAGGAGUUAGAUCCAGCUUGUUGCUUUAUGUGCGAUCAAGGGCACAACACAAUAGAAAACUGCAUGGUUCACAUGCACAAGCACCAUGGUUUCUUCAUUCCAGAUAUUGAGUAUUUGAAGGAUCCAAAAGGCCUCCUCACUUAUCUUGGCCUUAAGGUCAAACGGGACUACAUGUGUCUGUACUGCAAUGACCGAUGUUAUCCUUUCAGCAGCUUGGAAGCAGUCAGGAAACAUAUGGUGGCAAAAAGUCACUGUAAAGUGCAUUUUGGUGAUGGAGAUGAUGAGGAGGAAGUAGAGUUAGAAGAUUUCUACGAUUACAGCAGCAGUUAUGUGGAUGAGCAAGGUGAGCAGCUUGUUGUAUCUGGUGAUACAACCAACAACAUAGAACUUUUUGGGGGGUCUGAGCUCGUAAUCAGUAGGAAAUCUGGUGAUAAAACAUCAACCAGAACACUAGGUUCACGUGAAUUUUUGCGUUAUUAUCGUCAGAAACCACGGCCAUCACCAGCAAAUAUGGCCAUCACUGCUGCAUUGGCUUCAAGGUACCGGAGCAUGGGUUUGGCUACAGUCCAAUCAAGGGAGCAAAUUGUGAGGAUGAAAGUUCUGAAACAAAUGAGCAAGACUGGUGUGGAGAAUAUGCGCAGCAAAAUGGGGAUGAAGAGUAAUGUCAUUCGUAACCUGCCAAAGAAUUGCACGUAUUAGUUCUCUUGCUCUCUCUGCUGUUGCACUUAUCAGUUUGAAAUUUGGGCAGUUUUGUGUAAUAGUUAUCUAGCUACAAGCUCCCUCCCCUUCUUAUUAAGCAGUUUACAUUUCUUAAUGAAGCGACUAUAUUUUGUCUUACAGAGAUGUUUGAAUAUUCGCUUAUUUAUUUGCUGUUGAGUGUAUCAUGAGCAACCGGAUGAUAAAGGCUUGCUUUUGAGAGAUGUUGGAAUAAUUAGAUUUCUUUGGUUGAUGCAAA